CCAAGACCAGUCGUAUCAUAUUAUUUUGCUUCCUGAAAUCAAAAAUAUAAUACUCUCUUGUACAGAUCCACAUAUAAACUUUUAUUUACAAGAAGUAGCACAUUUCACUAUAAUGUAAGUUCUAAAUAACCACUUGUUGCUUUGUAGUAUGGCAUUGGUUGCAUUUAAAGAUAUGUUUUCUGUCCAAUCACAACAAUGAUUCAUACAAAAAGUCAUGUGUGGUUUUAACUGAGCUUCAUUUAAAAUCCUGGGCCCUCAUUGACUUGGACCAGGGAUUCAAAAAGAGGUCUUGAAUACUACAACUCGUAUUCAGUAAAAGCCUAUUUUUAACCGGAUGAAUUUGACGGUGGUGCGCAUGCGCGCUGCAAAACCAAGGUGGGGCAAAAAAAAAACUUGAAUGUUUCUUGGGGAAGAAGGAGUGGGACACUCAGAUGAAUUUGAAUCGCAUACAAUUCAUCGCUGCAGUUUGACAGUUUGAGUCCUCGCGUUAUAUUUUUCUUACCAACUUCUUUUACAGAGGGACAGUGAAGUUUGUAAGAAAGUUUUCUUUUUCUUUCCUGUAUUUAAAGUUAUUUAACCCAGCAUGAUGUUGACAGGAGACGCGGCGGCAGCAGCAGCAGCAUCAUCAGUGUUGGCUGUUUUGUUGAGAUGAUUUGCUGAAAUCACCUGAGAGAUUUCACUUCCUCAUCAGGACUUCAUGUGCCUGGCUCGUCGACAUCAACUCCAUCGUUACUGACGUGGUCAGUGGGAAUUUAGCUGCUGCUGAUGAAAACUGCCUGGUUGUAGCUGACCUCACCUGUCAUUGCCCUCCAAUCUUUGACAGCUCUAAUGGUAGCAGCUGGAGAGCCUCAGCUUUGAGAGGAUUGAACCACCUCAUCAUGACAGAAGUCCAGACUCCAUGGCCGCAGGGCACAGAGUGUGUGGCAAGGUACAACUUCAAAGGCACAUCAGAACAGGACCUGCCCUUUAACAAAGGAGAUGUGUUGACGAUAAUUGUGGUCACAAAGGAUCCAAACUGGUACAAAGCUAAAAACUCUGCAGGUCAUGAGGGAACAAUCCCAGCCAACUAUGUUCAGAAAAGGGAGGGCAUAAAAUCUGGUGGAAAGCUGAGUCUAAUGCCAUGGUUUCAUGGUAAGAUAACGCGGAAUCAGGCAGAGAGGCUACUUUGUCCACCUGAAACAGGCCUGUACUUAGUGCGAGAGAGCACCAACUUCCCUGGCGACUACACUCUGUGUGUGAGCUGCGACGGCAAGGUGGAGCACUACCGCAUCAUCUACAAAAAUGGCAAGCUCACUAUUGAUGAGGAGGUGUUUUUUGAGAACCUCAUGCAGCUGGUUGAGCACUACACCAAAGACGCAGAUGGUCUGUGCACCGAACUGAUCAAGCCUAAGCUGGAGGAGGGGACUGUUGCAGCUCAGGAUGAAUUUUCCAGGGGUGGCUGGUCAAUGAACAGUAAGGACCUCAAACUGCAGCAAGUUAUUGGAAAAGGAGAAUUUGGAGAUGUCAUGGUGGGAGACUACAGGGGGACUAAAGUAGCUGUGAAGUGCAUAAAAAACGAUGCUACAGCACAAGCCUUUAUUGCUGAGGCUUCUGUCAUGACGCAACUACGGCACGAUAAUCUGGUACAGCUGCUUGGAGUGAUUGUAGAGGAAAAUGGGAGUCUGUAUAUAGUUACUGAGUACAUGGCCAAGGGCUGUUUGGUUGACUAUUUACGUUCCAGAGGCCGAACAGUACUUGGUGGAGAUGCUCUCCUUCAUUUUGCACUUGAUGUCUGUGAAGCCAUGGCGUACCUGGAGGAAAGUAACUUUGUCCACAGAGACUUAGCAGCCCGAAAUGUUCUGGUGUCAGACGACAACAUCGCUAAAGUCAGUGACUUUGGUCUGACCAAGGAGGCCUCCUCCACUCAAGAUACUGCGAAGCUGCCUGUAAAGUGGACAUCACCCGAGGCCCUCAGAGAAAAGAAAUUUUCCACCAAAUCAGACGUUUGGAGCUACGGGAUUUUACUUUGGGAGAUUUACUCUUAUGGCCGAGUGCCUUACCCAAGAAUUCCACUAAAAGAGGUAGUACCUAGAGUGGAGAAAGGAUACAAAAUGGACUGUCCAGAUGGUUGUCCUGAAGUGGUGUAUAACAUCAUGAAACAGUGCUGGAACUUAGAUCCUACUGCUCGACCAAGCUUCCAGAUGCUGAAAGAGUGGCUACAACAUAUCAGCCAAGGGAUUGGAAGAAAACACUGAGAGAUCUGACUGAUAAGAAGCAAAGAAGUUACUGUUCUGCUUCUCUCAUUUUGACAGCUUGGAUCAUAACUGGGGAAUUAAAAAAAGACAUCCUCAUUAUUAUUAUUAUUAUUGUUGUUAUUAUUAUCAUUAUUGUUAUUAUUAUUAUAAUAGACUUGAUGUAAGACACAAAAGAAUCCAUAGCACAAGUAUAAAUAUUCUCAUGGACUGUAUUAUUUGUCAAAGUUCACAACAAAUACAUUUUCAUAAACUGUUAAUUAUGACUGUCAAGCUGUAAAUUCUAUAGUGUCUCAGGUUGUUCAAACUGCAGUGACACCUUUGCCUCAGUUGUUCUUGUCUUAAUGUGCUCUGUUAUCAAGAGUGAUCAAGGAUGAUGUCAUAUCAGUGAGUGCUGCCUCAGAGCCAAAUUCCUGUGGUGUGUGUGUGUGUUUUUGUGUAUGUGUUUUUUAAAUAAUAACUUAUGUCCCCUUCAUUCAUA